AAAUUAAUUACUAAUUAUUUUUUAAUAUUAUAAAAAAUCACAUAACUGAGAAAGAAACAAAAGAUAUUUUUCACUAUAUAUGCGUUUGACAAAUGUGACAAGGCACACAGAGCAUUCCGUGGAAAAACCCCAAUAAAAUCUCAGGCAAAUCUCCGGCGUAAUCGAUGGCGGAGGAGAAUCAAGAAGAAACCCUAGAACUCAAACCAAGUAGAAAACCACCACACUUUGUGCUAAUACAUGGCAUGAGCUUAGGAUCAUGGUGCUGGUACAAGAUCAAAUGUCUCAUGGAAGUCUCUGGCUUCACCGUCACUUGCAUCGACCUCAAAUCCUCCGGCAUCGAUUCUUCAUCCGUGGAUUCACUCACUACCUUCGACCAAUACAACCAACCACUCAUCGACUUCCUCUCCUCUUUCCCCGAACAAGAACAGGUGAUACUUGUGGGUCACAGUGCAGGAGGGCUUAGCCUAACGAGUGCGAUACAGAGAUUCCCUAAGAAGAUCUGUCUCGCUGUUUUUAUUGGAGCUUCGAUGCUCAAAAACGGGCUUCAGACAGAUGAAGAUAUGAAAGAUGGAGUGCCUGAUCUAUCAGAACAUGGUGAUGUCUACGAGCUUGGUUUUGGUCUAGGACCGGAGAAUCCUCCCACCAGUGCUAUUAUCAAACCUGAAUACCGACGAAAACUACUUUACCACAUGAGUCCUCAACAGGAAUGUUCCUUGGCUGCAUUAAUGAUGAGACCAGCACCAAUUUUGGCGUUAACGACAGCAAAACUGGAAGAAGAGGAAAAAGAAAAAGGACAAGAGGAGCAAGUGCCGCGCGUGUACAUCAAGACGUUACUCGACCGGGUCAUGAAACCGGAGCAGCAAGACGCGAUGAUAAGACGGUGGCCACCUAGCCAAGUUUACGAAUUGGAGAGCGACCAUUCUCCUUUCUUCUCUAACCCUUUUGUUCUCUUUGGUUUACUCAUCAAAGCUGCCGUUUCCGUCGGUUCUAUCUAAAACUAUUUAAAGAACUAAAGGAUUGCCUUUUGUUGGUUUUAAAACCGGUUAAGUGAUCAGUAUUGUCGAGGGAGUGUUUAUUUAUUUUUGAUUUUUGUGACAUUUUGGUAUUUUAUAUUAAUCGUUUUGAAAUAAAUUAUGUUUUGCUUAAUUUUAUCUUGCGUCACAAAAGUGAAAUAAAUUUCGGCAAAUCGUGUAGUUUUAUAUAAAUCACUAAUUUGCAGUCUUCCAAGGUCUACUUAAAGUCCUAGCCGGUAUCGACACCAACUUCACAGUUACCUCAAAAGCCUUAGACGAAGAGAAUGACUCCGCUGAACUGUACUUGAUGAAAUGGACAACAUUUCUAGUCCAACCAACGACUCUGUUCAUCACAAACCUUGUAGGAGUGGUUGCAGACUUGCAGU